GUGAGGGGCGGCAGCUCAGUCUCUCAGUGUGACUGCACCUCGCUCCUCCGUCAGCCUCCGUCAGCCUCCGUCAGUCCUUCACAAGUCUCGACAGACGUCAACAUGUUCAAGGUGAACUCGUUCAUCAGCGGCAUCAUCAACAUUGUCAGCAACAUCGACGUCAACCAGUUCAUCCCGUCAGACCCGCCUCCACCUCGCAGACCUCUGAACUUCGCCGAGGCUCACGAGAACGAUGAGGAGAAACAGUUUCGGAAAGUUUUCCACCAGCUGGCCGGAGACGACAUGGAGGUGAGCCCCCCUGAGCUGAUGAACAUCCUCAAUAAAAUCAUCUCCAAGCAUGGAGGUCUGAAGACCGACGGCUUCAGCAUCGAGUCCUGCAGGAGCAUGGUGGCUGUCAUGGACAGUGACAGCACAGGUAAACUGGGCUUCCACGAGUUCAAGUACCUGUGGAACAACAUCAAGAGGUGGCAGGGGAUCUACCUGUCCCACGACGCCGACCGCUCAGGUGUGAUCUGCUCCAAGGAGCUGCCGAAGGCCUUCAAGGCUGCAGGGUUCCCUCUGAACGACCAGCUCUACAAGCUCAUCAUCCGUCGUUAUAGCGACGAGCACGGUGACAUGGACUUUGACAAUUACACUGGCUGCCUGGUGCGACUGGACGCCAUGUGCAGAGCCUUUAAGACUCUGGAUAAGGACAACAGUGGCACCAUCGACCUGGACAUCAAGGAGUGGCUCCAGCUGACGAUGUAUUCGUGAGUGGACGGAGGGAAGCUGCUGCUCUACACGACCAAAAACAUCGUCUUCUAUCUCGUUAUGUGUGUGUGUGUUUAACGGAUGUGCAAUAGUGUUUUAAAACAAACCCACCAUCUCCAUGGUAACGGGACCAAACAAAAAAAAAACCCAGGACCAAACAGUCGAGUCGGCGCCGUGCUGUCGCACCAUCCCGCUGCUGCCAGGAGGUGGCGCUACAACAUCCACCAUGUUGGAGAUUUCUUUGUUUUCUGUUUUAGAGCAAAUUUAAAAAGAAAAGUUCUCGAUUUUUAUUUGGCUGGAAACUGUUUUUAAUCAGAUUUUGAAUUGAUCCUGAAUGUUUGAAGGAAUAAAGUGACACAACUGACAUUAAAGCCUGA